AUGGAGCGCUUGCAACUGGCAGUUGGUGGCGAAGCUGUGAAUUCGGUGGACGAUCUCACUCCAGACGUGCUCGGAUAUGCUGGUUCUGUUUAUGAACACGUCUUAGGAGAAGAUAAGUACACGUUCGUCGAAGAAUGUAAAGAUCCCAAAUCAGUCACUAUACUGCUUAAAGGAUCGAGCAAGUAUGCUAUCAAGCAGAUGAAAGAUGCCAUUCACGAUGGACUCAGAGCUGUUUUCAAUACAUUCAGCGACCGUAUGCUGUUUGGAGAUUCCUAG